AUGCUAGAACGGAAGGGUUACGCUCCCUUUCACAUCAUUCGCCUGAAGCGCAACGGCGGCGUGCCCAUGCCCUUGGUGGUGGAGAUCCUGCCUAAGACGGAGAAGUCACAGCAAGUGUUCAACGAACACGAAUUGCUGGGGCUCUCUAUCACAGUCGAAGUUCAGAAGAAAUAUCGACUCACUGGGCAGUGUCACCGCUGCCAGAAGUAUGGACACGCACAGUCGUAUUGCACUGCGCCGCCAAAGUGUCUAAAAUGUGCCCAAGACCACAUGACAUAUGUGCCCUCAAACAGGACAAGAGGUGCGCAGAUGUGCGAACUGUGGGGGGACCAUCCAGCAGAUAGUCCUACCUGUAGAUUUGCUCCUAGGAGAUAUCUACAAGUCAUCACAUAA